UUAGUGAGAAAUCAGUAAAUAUUUCUGAAAAUUAGAAUCGUCCAAACAUUAAGUUGUUAGGGCUCGUAUAUAUAUAAUAUAUUAUAUAUAUAUAUAUAUAUAUAUAUUAGGGUGGGCCAAAAAAAACUUUUAAUUUUCUUUUCUUUAGCUACCAUGAAAAUAUCUUAUAUAUUUAUAUAUAUAUAUAUUUAUGUAUAUAUAUAUACAUAUAUUAUAAAUUAUUAUAUUAUUAUUAUAUAUAUAUAUUAUAAAUUAUUUUUAGUCUUUGGAUUUUAGAAAAAAAAAGUUUCAGGUGCUUCUUUAUGGACCCUAAGAAACAACCCAUUUUAAUAUAUAACAUAACACCCUGUAUAUUACAUCUUUUGAUAUAUUUUAUAAAUUAUAAAUAUUUUUUUUAGAAAAACCUGCAAAAACUGCAAAUGCACGAAAGACGGUCACGAAGUGGUGGCAGAGCAUGGGGCUCGUGCCAGACUGGGUUUUGUGUCGAACAUGGACGCAUUAGAUGCCAGGCAACUCGGGUAUACUUUUGUGCCACCUGGAUUGACCUCUGCCAGACAGGUGGAGCAAUAUUAUUCAACACUACCUUCACAUGAAGUACCAAAACUAGGAUCAAAAGGAGAAAUAUCUAGAAGCCAAAGGAUAGUGAGACAAUUACCAAAACAGGACUUAGCUCUCUCUGCUUGUAAGCAUGUCGAACCUGAAUAUACUGAUAGUUAUCAGGAUUUCGUAUCGGGCAGAAACCAAGUGGCUCUAGACGUUGGGGUGGCCAAACCGGCACCGCCGAACAGCACGUGCACCACCUGUCAAAAGACCAUCCAGACGCAGCAGAUUAGCGUGACGGCGCCCCGGCUGGGCAAGUCCUUGUGGCACCCUGGCUGCUUUAAGUGCGUACAUUGCGACGAUCUUCUCGUCGACCUGGCCUACUGCGUCUACGACGACAACAUCUACUGCGAGAGGCACUACGCAGAGAAAAUGAAACCCAGAUGCGAAGGCUGUGAUGAGGUAAGAAAAGGGAUAAAUAUUUCUCUUUAA